GCAGGAGUACCUCCUGCCGUCCGAGUCGAGUCCCUGCUGCUGCAGUGCACGCCCCUUCGGCAGCCAGGGUGGGGCCCAGAGGGAACCUGGCACAUCCCGCCCCCACCUCGCCUUUGGGUCGAUGACUCCCAGGCUGUGGUGACGGUCCUGGCGCCAGCACCACGGAGCCCGGGCGACCUCCUCCUCCCACCCAUGCCCACCCCACAUGAGACUGAGAAGCAGCACGUAGGGCCGCAGGAGGCAGACCAGCCCCCCUCGAUGUCCAGUCAUGAUGCAGCCCCCCCGGCUGUCCCCAGCCGCAACCCCUGCUGCUUGUGCUGGUGCUGCUGUUGUGGCUGUUCCUGGGCUGAAGAGCAGCGGCGAGCGUGGCGGGUCUCCCGGGAGAACAAGCUGCAGCCUCUCCCGGGCUGCGAGGCAUGCGCCACGCCGAGCCCCGAGGAGGUGCGGAGCUGGGCGCAGUCGUUCGACAAGCUGAUGCACAGCCCGGCGGGCCGCAGCGUGUUCCGGGAGUUUCUGCGCACGGAGUACAGCGAGGAGAACAUGCUCUUCUGGCUGGCCUGUGAGGAGCUCAAGGCUGAGGCCAACCAGCACGUGGUGGACGAGAAGGCCCGGCUCAUCUAUGAGGACUACGUGUCCAUUCUGUCCCCCAAAGAGGUGAGCCUGGACUCGCGCGUGCGCGAAGGCAUCAACAAGAAGAUGCAGGAGCCGUCGGCACACACCUUCGAUGACGCCCAGCUGCAGAUCUACACGCUCAUGCACCGGGACUCCUACCCCCGCUUCCUCAGCUCCCCCACCUACCGUGCCCUGCUGCUCCGGGGCAGCUCCCAGUCCUCCAGCGAGGCCUAGGCUGCUCACCCACGCGCAGCGGCACCGACCCAGCCGGCAGGAAAGGACUCGGUUACCUGCACAAACCUGUGCCAGCAGGCGUCCGGCACGGCCACGGGGGCCCAGCACCCGUGGGGGCAGUCCCAGACUGGAGCGCCCUCCCGACGCAAGGGACAUGGUACCCUAAGGUCCUGCUGAGAGGCAGGUGUGAGGGCCUCUGGGACCAAGCAGCCCCUCCCCAACCGGCUUCCUGCUGGCGGGCCCGGGGCUCCUGCUGGGGGAGAAGGACCCUCCCAGGAGUGCUCACGGACCCAGCGGCUUCAUGGGGGGGCCUCCUCCCCGGCAGCCGGGGACCUUGAAAAAUGCCUCUGAUGGGAAGCAGAGCCUCUGUGUCGUCUAGUUGGGACACGAGGAGACCCUCUGACUCGAGCUGUCUGCGCCCAGAUCAGACCCAGAACCUCAGAACUAGGCUCAAAGCAACAAGAGCCAGUUUCUUUUUUAUAUUUUCAUGAAGUUUAAACCUGGAAACAUGUCUUUACUGUAUUUUAUCAAAAAAGAAAAAGAUGUUUUCAUAUUUAUCUCCAUUCCUUCUUCAUCCAAAAUAGGAUCUUAUUAUUGAAGAUAUUUUUAAAGCAAA